GAGAACAUCUUGGUGUAUGACACAAGCUGGGAAAAUUUUUUACAACUAAUAACAUCUGAAAAGACAGAAGCACAGACAAGAAGAUGAACGGUUUAACAAACAUUUUUUUCAUCUUAUUGAGCUGCCAGAUUGGUAAUUCUUUGAGAUGUUAUGCUUGUGUUGAAGAUGAAUGCACAAUAACCACAUGCUUCGCUGGACAGGCCUGCGGGAAAACGGUUACAAAUGGUUUACAUGCCAAAAUGUGCGUCCCUCAACAAAUCUGUGAUUUUUCUGUUAAUGAAGUGAAAACUUACUGCUGCCACUCUGACCUUUGUAACUCGGCUGUAUCUGCAAGGAUGUCCUUUGUCACCGUUAUUGCCGCCCUUGUGGCUCUGUGGGUGAAUAUGCAGUGAAAAAGAAGAUCAACCUCUCAACCGGGUUCGUGGAGUAGCACCUGAGACCAGUUAAUCACGGAUCCCCUGUCAUUUAUACAAUCUGCCUCUAUUCCACAUCUUUCAGCCUUGUAGCUUUUCCUCUAGAAUAUUCGCCACCAUCACUUCAUCUUUCUCACGGUGCCCCUGGCCAGAUAACCUCAAGUU